GGAGAGAUGCUUGGAAAUACUCGUCAAAAAAACUGCAGCAGGACUAAGCCCUGCAAACUGGAAGAUCCAGGCUACAGAUCAUUCAGUCGAAACUUUUCCUGUUAUUCUCGGUUUGGAAGGUGCCGGGGAGGCUGUGCAGACUGGCAAAGGCGUCUCGAACUUCAGGAAGAGUGACAAAGCGAAAGCCCUCCUCGUCACAUACUUGCAUGCAUCCAAACGGAUCUGUACCGAUGUAGGCUGCCGGAUAACAGAAAUUACGGGAGGUUCCAGGAGUACAUCAUCGUUGAUGCAGAGACAACGCCAAAGGCUUCCAUCAAAUAUCACAUUCGACAAAGCGGCAUCCAUUCCAAUGGGCGUGGCUACGGCCGCAAUUCCACUCUAUUCGCUUCCCCCGGCUGGCAUCAGCCUCAAGGCACCGUGGGACGGCGGCCGUGGUCAGUACGCCGGCCAACCUGCGCUCAUAUUCGGCGGAGCAUGCUGUGGGGGCAAUACGCGAUUCAAUUUCGCAAGAAUCUCCGGCCUUUAUCCGAUUAUCGUCACUGCGUCUCCGUACAGCACGGCCGUUGUCACGUCUCUUGGCGCCACACGUCGUCGACCACAACCAGCCAUCGUCGCAGAUGGCCGCGAAGGUACACAGCUAAGAUGACGAGGGCGCCGAUCCGGCUAGUAUUCGACGCAGUCAGGGUUAAGAGCACUCAGGAGGUCGGGUACGAUAUCCUUGCAGACAACGGAAAUAUGAUCUCAGUGGGCCCCUCACUGAUCAAGGAGAAAUAAGAGAGCUGCAAGCUUGUGAUCGUUCGGGCCUUUGGAAGCUUGUAAGUACC